GACUCACCGGACCGAGGUAAAAUCCUCAUCCGCCAGGUAAGGACUCACUUGCAUCCUACCAGCCGCACCUAACCAACGUGUCCCUCCCUGUCUUGUUGGGGAUGCAGUAGCAAGAGUGUGUAUCAUCUUCCGUCGGAGAGUGAAACAUGGGACCAACAAGAGGCAGUUUUCCCCAUAGCUUUGGUGUCGCCAUAGCAACAACGUUAAUAUUGGCAACUCGCGGCGUUGACUCCAAUACUGCGAAGGGGCCGACGUGGUGGGCUAUCGACAUCUUCCUAAGGGAAAAUGUGAAUGCAAGGCUGAGCGCGAAUGAGUUGCAGGAUCAUUUAGACAACGCAUUCCUCUGGGAGAACAGAGUGGUGGAUGGGAGAGAGACACUGAACGAGAAAAGAAACGUGGCGAUGGGCCUUUUUCAGAACACGAUCACCAAUUUACAGAGACUCAGAGACGUUAUUGAAAAGGAGUACAAAGACUGGCCUGCCAUCGCCCGUGAAAAUAUAUCUAGUCACUUAUUCUGUUGCGGAAAGGACGAAGCAAACAACACCAAGCCACCCCCCAUAGGCUGCACGAUCUUGGCUUCGAGGCUGAACAGUACAGCUAUGGUCCGCGCCGCGAACCCGCCGGACACCGUGCUCAGAGAGCUCGAGAGAAUGGCUAUUAUCAACACGACCAAUUAUUUCGUCUUCAAUGACGGGAGUUUGUUCGUGCAUCCUCCGAAACGAAGGGAAGAUUUGGAAGCUUGUGAUAAUUAUGAUCCCAGGUCAAGGCACUUCUACAGGCAAACUAGAUCUCCCGAGCCCCGAGUUGUGGUGGUUGUCUUGGACGGCGAGAAAAGAGAAGGCUCGCUGCUUGAACACGCCAUCUCCAAGGUCUACGCGGAACUCACGUCCAUAGAUCGAAUCAGCCUGUGCCUCCCCUACAAAGGCUCCUGCCGAACCAGCAAGUGGCAGCGGGAGUCUGAUCAGAUGGACGGGCCCCUCGGACAAAAGGGCACCCUCGGCCGCCUGAUCUUCAACAACAAAAACAACAGGGAGAAGCUGAUCAAACUUCUGGAGGAAACAGACUAUUCCCCCUUCAGUAACUACUCGGCGGCACUGAAGGCGGGGACGGACCUGCUGGCGAAGCGAAAUAGAUCUCAGUACUUGGAGAUGGCCGGACAUCCCCACGACGUCCUGGUUUAUGUGACGAAGAAGGGAGGCUGUGAGAGCUGGGAGAACAACACGCAGGUCAAUUCCACGCUCGACCUAGGGAUUUCCAUUGUGGUCAUCCACCUCCAUGGUGAAGCAUGUGUGGCGAAUGGAGUGUUAUUGACGAGGAAUAACGCCACACUCACGUUUUCUUCGUUUAAGAACUUGGAGGAGUUACGUGCAUCCGAGAUAGGGAUUGCUAGUUAUGGUCUGUUGGACGUUACUCGACCUGUUAUUCCUGUACCUUACUGGGACGCCUUCGGGGACGGAUACAUCAUCACGGUUUGUGUACAUAUCAUGCACAAUGCCUCGUUCCUGGGCGUCGCCUGCACCGAUAUGAGCAUCGUCAACUUGCUCGAUGCGGAACUCAACAUAGAUGACAUCAAGGACAGUUACGUGUUCCUCGUCGACCGUCUCGGCAGGGCCCUAAAACACCCGCUACUCCCCGAGGUCCACUCCCUGACCGAUGACCCGACCUCCGUGACGAUUGACAAGCUCGAAAUCGGGUCUCAUGUCAAGCCUAUUCUCGAGAUGGCGGUCAGUCAGCAAGCGGGGAGUGAGAGCAUAGAAGGGUUAUACAUCGAGUCCCUGGGGUACCCGCGGGGCAUCGACAUCCCGAAGGCCGUCCGGGUGCGUCGGCGUUCUCUUCAGUACCUGUGGGCGCCCAUUAACGAGACUGGCCUCACCAUAGCUGUCGUUCUUCCCCUGGAUGAGAGAAAGCAGGCAGUCUCCACGGUGUACAGCUGCAAGUCGCAGGAGGAAUGCAAGACCAGUCAUUUCAAUUACAACAAACCUAGAAAUAAUACUCAAAGACAAUACUUCUGUUUCUAUGGUAAAAAUGUUACCAAUAACACGGGACUGAUCAAAUUCGCUCCUGACUGUUUCAUCGACGUUUUGUCAUACGUCCGCGGGGAGGUAGAUCCAACGAAUGUCUAUGAUGUCUUCUCUGGAAAUCAGCCCUAUGAUAAGGUGUUUAGGAAGGACCUGAGGCCGAGCGUGAAAUUGCAGGAGUUCGCCGAAGAUAUAUGGAGGAAGACCAAAGAGCAAGGGAUUCGCUACUUGGGCACAGAGGACGGCAGCCUCAUAACCUUCCAAGGGACUGAACUCGAGCAGACAUUCGACCACAGGGACCAGUCAUGGUACGAGGCAGCCCGGUCGCAACCUUCCAUUAUCUCCAUAACGACCCCCUACUGCGACGGCAGCCAGAGGAUGAUGUGCACGAUGUCCGAGACCCUCCACGACAAGCGGGGGAAUCCUCAGGCGGUGGUGGCUGGGGACUUCCCGCUCAAGUACAUGAUGGAGCUAUUCCUGGAACGUGUCCCUUACUGCCAGAGUCAGACGUGUUUUCUACUGAACCACAUGGGCUUCGUGGUCCUCAUGUCAGACUGGCAGGGAAAGCAUGGCGACACGUGUAACGAGAGCUCAAAGAUCGUAGGAUCCCACAUCAACUUCGUGGCGUCAGACAUUGCACGUGAGCUGAUCACCGAAAAGCACCUGAGGCGCCGGGCGUGCCACGAGUACGACAGGGACUCUACGUACUACUACUGGACUCUCUCCUUCCUCGCCUUCCGCACAUAUUACGAAGGAUCCAACUUCGGCAUCCACAAGAUUGCGCAUACGAAUCUCUUCCUCGUUUAUCGCACCAAGGGGAUGAACGUGAUUCCUUGCAACUGCGAUCCUUAUUCGGACGGAAAGCUCUCCGAAUGCUACGACACUUGCGAGAUGGAGUGUGAAUGCCCUUGUGUCGCUGGACCCAAUACUAUCCCGUGCCAUAACCCUGAUGCUGAUAUACAUAGAUAUGAUCUGCCUGCCUGUAAGCCCCGAGGCCCGACGUUGAAGACCAAACUGGACUCCGAGUGCUCAGUCAGGAAUACGACACAGAAUGCAGAUGAUGAUGCCUAUGAACAUUAGCAACACAUAAUGUACCAAGAAUAAAGGUACGAAUAUAUUGUGAAGUUUCCGACCUAAUAUUUUGUUUAUUGUUAAUUAGCACUGUUGUCUCAUAAAGUAUUCUUAAAUAAGUGUAUCUUUGUUUGGUUUAUAAAACUGUAUCCACAAUGACAUGGCUCAGUUUGUAUAAAUACCUGUAGGGAAUAAACCCAUGCGGGAGUUACCUCUGAA